CGCUGCCGGGGCUCGCCGAGCCGCCUCUGGUGCACACACACGUACAUUGUCCGAGCGAGCCGCCGCAGCGAGAGAGCGCCCCGGGGCUCGGUGCCAAUGCGGGGUGGGCGCUGCAAGCCGGGGGCUUCUCCACCACCCCGGUGGAAAGUUCACCUUCGCCUGGGCCCGCCGCACCAUUGAUCCAGAGCGGCGGCCGCCGCCGGGGAGGGAGGCAGGAUCUGCGGCUCUGGCCGGGAGGGGGAUUUUUUUUAAUUUUUCCUUUUCCCUCCAAACUUUGUGUGCGCGCCUCCCGCAGAAGCCCCCUGCCCCCACCGAGGAUUUGCCUCUCCCCCGCUCUCUGCCGUGCAAGGAAAGCCGCCGGGGCGGGCGUGAGCGCUGCAUUUACACUUGUGGCCUGAACUCAGAAGGACAGAAAUUCAAAAUAAUUGUGGAGAGGAAGAAGUUAGAUUCUUCAAACUUCAAGUUAAAAAAAACAAAACAAAACAGGUAGUCUUUAAUGGACCAGUAAGGAGAGGGGUCUGUCCAAUUGGUUUCUGGAAUUUGGAAGGUGCCUAAAAGGAGACUGCAAGUGAGAGCAGCAGAGGUGCUGGCACCUGGUGAACAAAGAAGUUGGCACUGAGCACACCAGUGCUGGUGUUGGUGCUGCUGGAGACCCUGAGCUGGGAUCAGCGGGAAGAUGACUGAGUAUAAGCUGGUGGUGGUUGGAGCAGGUGGCGUUGGGAAGAGCGCUUUGACAAUACAGCUCAUUCAGAACCAUUUUGUUGAUGAAUAUGACCCCACGAUAGAGGAUUCCUACAGAAAGCAGGUAGUCAUUGACGGAGAGACCUGUCUGUUAGACAUCUUGGACACGGCGGGUCAAGAGGAGUACAGCGCCAUGCGAGACCAAUACAUGCGGACGGGAGAAGGCUUCCUGUGCGUCUUUGCCAUUAACAAUACGAAAUCCUUUGAAGAUAUUCACCAGUACCGAGAGCAGAUCAAGAGAGUGAAGGAUUCAGACGAUGUCCCCAUGGUGCUGGUGGGAAACAAGUGUGACCUUCCAGCCCGGACAGUGGAAACCCGGCAAGCACAGGACCUGGCCAGGAAUUACGGGAUCCCCUACAUAGAGACGUCAGCGAAAACCAGACAGGGUGUUGAAGACGCCUUCUAUACCUUAGUGCGGGAGAUCCGGCAGCACAAACUACGCAAGCUGAAUCCACCGGAUGAAAGUGGCCCAGGCUGCAUGAAUUGUAAAUGUGUGAUAUCAUGACCAAGUUGACCGGACCGUGACUUGGAGGGUUUUCCACUGUGCGGAGCACGCGGACAGAGGUGAAACAAAAGAAGCAGCAAACGGAUUCAGGGGAGGAGUAUGGGGGAGGAGGGAGACCAGGAGGAGGGUAUCUUGAGCCCUGCAUGGACUGUCUCAAACUUCAUCAAGGCCUGUGACAAGCGACUUUUUUCCCCUCUCCCCGUCUCCUUUUGCCUCCUCCUCUCCCAGCAACUGUACAAAGCCACAGAUUGAAUCACAGUAAAUUAUUAUUUGAUGGUCUCCACAAA